AUGGAUUCGGCUAUCGCUGCUCAUGCAUUGCUGCAAUAUCUUCGAUUUGGAUAUCCUCCGGUCUUGCUAGCAAUUCUCUUCGUUGUCUUUUUGGUCCAUUCAUCCCAGGUAGCCAAAAAUGCCGGUCGGAAUACGAAAGUGCAGUAUGGCCCCGGUGGGAAACCACUGCCCAGGCGAACCCGCAUCAUGAUGGCAGUAGCCAGAGACUUGCCCGCGGAGCUUGAGCGGAAUAAAUCCAAAGGCUGGUUUGUUUGGUUAAGUCUUCUUGUAUUGGCGACCUACAUUGCAGACGCAGUAAUUCAUAUGACCCACGCCAUGAUCUCAAAGUCAGAGCAGUGGUGGUGUGGUCAAGCGGCGGUGGUCUUUGUCGUUGGGUCUUUCUUCGCUCAUACCGUCAUCCUCAUCUCUUUACUCGAUACGAACCCUGCACCAUCAAUCGCGCAAUUCGUCCCAUGGCUCUCAGCCAUUCCUUUCGAGGUAGCAAUUCUCUCGACUUCAGUCUCCAUCUAUUCUCACACCCACCGUGAACCUAGAAUUGGGGAUCCAUUUGGUGGAAGACUGCGUAGGAAAAUCACAUUCUGGGAAGCAUUGGAGAUCGCCGCAGGCUCUGUACGAAUUUUUGUUCUCGCACUUCUGGUCGGGUCCUACAUUUUCAGAUCUGCCCGCAAACUUCGCGCCUUCAAGGAUGCUGAAGAUGCCGAUAUCGGAGAGAGGACCAGCCUUCUAGACGCAAGAGGCAAUGCCAACUCGGACGACAGUGAUGGCUUGACCGAUGGUAAACAGACCCCUGAGGUAGAAGCGUGGGUACGGCCUUUGACAACCCCUUCCACCAACUGGAUGGAAUAUCUGAGUGGCUAUUCCCUAUUCUUUCCAUAUCUGUGGCCCUACAAAUCCACCCGGCUGCAAUUUGUCGUCGUCAUCUGCUUUGCUAUAUUGAUUGUGCAGCGAGCGGUGAAUAUCCUAGUCCCAUAUCAAGUAGGAGUGAUCGCAGACUCGUUGUCCACCAGCGAUGGAACUCUAAGAGUGCCCUGGAUGCCCAUCUGUCUGUAUAUCGUCUACCGUUGGCUUCAAGGCAGCCAAGGUUUCCUUGAGUCAGUUCGUUCGAACUUGUGGAUUUCAGUCAGCCAGUAUGCAUACAUGGAGUUGUCGACCGCUGCAUUCGAGCAUGUCCAUAACCUAGGACUGGACUUCCACCUGGGCAAAAAGAUGGGCGAGGUCCUCUCAGCUCUCACCAAAGGCAGCUCAAUUAACACUUUCCUGGAGCAAGUGACCUUUCAAGUGUUGCCGAUGUUCAUUGAUUUGGCCAUCGCCAUCGGAUAUUUCCUCGUCGAAUUUGACGUGUACUACGCGUUGGCUGUCGCUAUCAUGACGUUCUUCUACCUCUAUUCAACCGUCAAAAUUGCCUCGUGGAGAGCCAAUAUGCGACGCCAAAUGGUUAAUGCUUCUAGGCAGGAAGACGCUGUCAAGAAUGAUUCUCUCGUGUCCUACGAAACCGUCAAAUACUUCAAUGCAGAGGAAUAUGAGUUCAAUCGCUAUCGAGGGGCAGUCUCGGACUACCUCCGCGCGGAAUGGCAUUCCCUCUUCGCACAGAAUCUGAUGAAUAUCUUUCAAAAUGUCAUCUUUAUGCUUGGCCUUCUAAUCACUUGUUUUAUUUGUGCCUACCAAGUUGCUCGCGGUCAACUUCUAGUCGGCAAGUUCGUUACGCUCCUUACCUACAUGGCCCAACUCCAAGCCCCAUUGAACAUCUUUGGGACCUUCUACCGAUACAUUCAAUCCGCGUUGAUCAAUGCAGAGCGUCUACUUGAGCUGUUCCGCGUCCAGCCGUCCGUGGUGAAUGCACCGUCUGCAACACCAUUAGCAGUUUGUGGCGGCCGAAUCACAUUUAAUAAUAUCAAGUUCUCGUACGACACACGACGACCUGCUCUCGAUGGAUUGACCUUCGACUGCAAACCGGGUACAACCACUGCUCUGGUAGGAGAGUCCGGUGUCGGGAAAUCGACAAUCUUCCGCUUGCUGUACAGGUUCUACAACCCGAGCGGCGGAAGCCUUCUCAUUGACGGACACGACACCCAAACCUUGACAAUUGACUCCGUGCGAAGACACAUCGGUAUUGUUCCACAAGACACAGUUCUAUUCAACGAAACACUCAUGUACAACCUUAAAUACGCCAACCAAGAUGCCACCGACGAGGAAGUCUAUGAUGCCUGCCGUGCAGCCAGUGUACAUGACAAGAUCAUGGCCUUCCCUGAUGGUUACCAAACCAAAGUGGGAGACCGUGGAUUGCGACUAAGCGGUGGCGAGAAACAGCGCGUUGCCAUUGCCCGAACCAUUAUCAAGAAACCUCAGAUCAUCUUGCUUGACGAGGCAACGGCGGCGUUGGAUUCCGAGACGGAACAGAACAUCCAAGAGGCACUAGCUGUCUUGUCGCGUGGACGCACUGUGCUAGUUAUUGCCCAUCGGCUGAGUACAAUCACCACUGCUGAUAACAUUGUUGUGUUGCACGAAGGUCGGGUCGCGGAGAGUGGGACCCAUGAGCAGCUUCUGGCUUCUCACGGUCGAUAUACAACGAUGUGGCAGAAGCAGAUUCGUGCGCACACUGAAUCUGUGGGCUUGGGGACCUUGUCGGGCAAGAUAUAG